UAAUUCCAGGCGCCUCGCUGCUUAUUGGUCCGUGCGUAGCGGGGCGUGGCCUGGGCGGGUCCGUCACGCCAACUGGGCGAGACCAUCUCCGGGAAGAGGAGGAGGGAAGGGCGUUUUCUAUCCCCUUCCCCUCUCCCACCGUCCAACCCUUUCCGUUGCUCUCUGCCCCAGCCCAAGCCAUGCAGCGGUUCUCCCCGUUUCUACCGCAGGUUGAGUCAGAGCGAGCCAACGGCCAGCGCGGCGCUCCCGCUCCUCAGCACCCCGGGUUUUCCCCCCCUCCUCGGCGAGGACAUGGUGCCUCCCGCUCCCCACCUCCUCAUCCCGCCGCCAUCUUGGCGCCUCCUCAGCGCGGGGCCGGAGCGGGCUCGGCCGGCCUCAGCGGUGGAGCGAACCACCGCGGGGGGGGGGGGGGGGGGACAGGGGGAGGCGGGGACGGAACCACUGCGGGGACGCCCGGGGGGGGGUUAAAGCUAAUAACGGGUCGGGUCGGACCAACGGGCAGGGGCUGACAGGAGCGGGCGGUACCACCGGGGUAGGGGCGGGGGGGUGGGGGGGCGUGUGCCGGUCCGGGCGGAACCAUGCGGAGGCGCUGGUAGGGGGGGGGGAAGCCCGGAGGAGGGGGCUCGGUCCGGUUCCCGGUGCCGCUGCCAUGGCCUCGAACUGCGCGGGGGGCUCGGCGGCGGGGGGCGGCGGGGCGGCGCUGGGCUCGGUGCUCAGCGCCAGUAAAACCAAGACCAAGAAGAAACACUUCGUGUGCCAGAAGGUGAAGCUGUUCCGGGCCUCGGAGCCGCUGCUCAGCGUCCUCAUGUGGGGAGCCAACCACACGAUCAAUGAGCUCAGCAAUGUUCCUGUCCCUGUCAUGUUAAUGCCCGAUGACUUUAAAGCCUACAGUAAGAUUAAGGUGGACAAUCAUCUAUUCAACAAGGAAAACUUGCCAAGUCGCUUUAAAUUUAAGGAGUAUUGUCCACUGGUGUUCCGAAACCUCCGGGAGAGAUUUGGGAUUGAUGAUCAAGACUACCAGAACUCGGUGACACGCAGCGCGCCGGUGAACAGUGACAGCCAGGGCCGGUGCGGCGCCCGCUUCCUUACCACCUACGACAGGAGGUUCGUCAUCAAGGCAGUGUCGAGCGAGGAUGUAGCAGAGAUGCACAACAUCUUAAAGAAGUACCAUCAGUUCAUAGUGGAGUGUCAUGGGAACACCCUCCUGCCCCAGUUCCUCGGCAUGUACCGGCUCACCGUGGAUGGAGUGGAAACCUACAUGGUGGUGACCAGAAACGUGUUUAGUCACAGGCUGACUGUGCACAGGAAAUACGACCUGAAGGGCUCAACAGUAUCCAGGGAAGCAAGCGAUAAAGAGAAGGCCAAGGAUCUACCAACGUUCAAGGACAACGACUUCUUGAAUGAGGGCCAGAAGCUGCAUGUUGGAGAAGAGAGUAAAAAGAACUUCCUUGAGAAGCUGAAGCGGGAUGUGGAGUUUUUAGCUCAGCUGAAGAUUAUGGACUACAGCUUGCUGGUUGGGAUCCACGAUGUUGACCGAGCAGAGCAGGAAGAGAUGGAAGUGGAGGAUCGGGCAGAGGACGAGGAGUGUGAGAACGAUGGGCUGGGAGGCAACCCCAUCUCCUCCUAUGGCACCCCCCCUGACAGCCCUGGCAACCUCCUCAACUACCCUCGUUUCUUUGGGCCUGGGGAGUUCGAUCCCUCUGUCGACGUCUACGCCAUGAAAAGCCACGAAAGUGCCCCCAGGAAGGAAGUGUACUUCAUGGCCAUUAUAGACAUUCUUACGCCAUAUGAUGCGAAGAAGAAAGCUGCACAUGCUGCCAAAACAGUGAAACAUGGGGCUGGGGCAGAGAUCUCCACCGUGAAUCCAGAGCAGUACUCUAAACGCUUCAAUGAAUUUAUCUCCAAUAUCCUGACAUAGUCGUCUUCAGCCUUCAGCGAGACAUGAAGAGGAAGAGGGGGCUACUUCCAAACAGAGAAUGCAGCCUGUGACACUAAAACAGACACUGUAGCAGCAUGUGGGGUGUGCGUGUGUGUGCGCGUGUGAGUGUGCAAGAGCGAGUGUGUGGCACUGUGUGACUUAAGAGAAAACUAAUUCUAGGUGCACCCUCCAACAGUCCACUUGACCCAGGUGGAAAAGUGGGUUUUUAUGUUACAGAAGUGCCCAGACACAGAUUUGAGGGCUUUUUAAAACGAGAAAAGUGCAUUGUUUCAGCACUGCUCUUUCUAAUGACAUUUUCUCCUCUCCGAUCAAGAGAAUCCCAUAGGGAUACGAUCCGUGGCACUGUCUAGAAGGGGUCGCUCUAGAUCAUGUUCAGUGGGAGUGAAGCAGUGCCUGAUUCCACAAACUACUAUUUGGGGGUUUUUUUAUUAUUGGACUGUCUUUACCAGAAAGACACACAAACCCUUUUAUUUCCCUCUUGGUAGGAAUUGGAAGGAAACUAGCUCACCAUUUCAAGGACGGAAAAUAUUACUCUGAUAAGGAGGAGUCGCUGAACUUUAGGUAAAUUCAGACUGGGACACUUUAUGUUUUUGGGUUAAUUUAAGUAAGAAAAACUUUUGUAACUGCACUUGAUUUCCAAGAAAGAUGAGGGAAAUGAACAUCUACCAAAGAUGAUCACUUAAAAAGGUGUAACUCCUAGAACGUUAAAGAAACAAGUUUGAGAAGUAGUAGAGGCAUUGAACGACCUCACAUGAUAACGUGCUCGGAGCCAUUGUGCUUUAAAUUGGCCAGCUAUGAAGAUUUCAUAAAAGGAGAAAGGAAAAAAGGCAUUUUGUACCUGUAGAUAUGGGAUAUAUUUGACUGUCCGGAGUGUUUCCCUGUCGCACCUCAGUCAGGAAUUACCGUGUCUCUUAGGUGACAGCUUAACAUCACAGUUCUGCCAGUGUUAAUCUAGCUAACGUUCAGUCUUCCUUACUAGCCCGAUCUGCAACAGGUACUUGAAUUUGUUUCCUGACGGAGGUCCUUUGGUUAGGUGGUUUAUUUUUCACAUGGCAAUGUGACUUGCACACGAAGGAAUUGGACUCGCUACCAGUGGGGAGUGCUGGGAGCUGUGACCGUGGAGCGAGUCUCACAGCUCCAGAGGACUCAGGACUUGAGCUGUGGUUGGUUUUACUCUUCUCUGCUCCAUACCCCUCUCUAGAGCGACAGUCAAGGAGUGGAAAUGUUUGAACACUUGCGCCAGAUUAUUCCCCCCCUACCCCUUAAGGAAUUGGAACUGAUUUGAGUGACUGAAUAACGUCCUGUUUUGUCUCCAGAAUGCUUGUACUAUUUUUCACAGCCAAGCUUGUCAGACUUGCUUUGGGUUUCGUUAGCUCUGCUGCACAACACUUACAGAUCUCUUGGUUCCUUUUUUAAUUUUCUUUUUCUUUCGAAGCAGGAUUUAGUGUUUUGAACAAACCUCUUGCAGUUGAAACAUGUUGCUUCUCUGCCUUGAAACUGUUUUCACAUAUGCCUUUGUUUCGGGAAUAAGCUGUUUCGAAUGUCUGUCCUGUGCUGUAACACGUGCUACGGUUUGCUGUGUGGAAUUUGGUCCUUUUGAGAGAUAACUGGUGCUCAUCACAUCCUGGUAAUUUCCCUAGACUAACCUAGCUCUGGUCUGGAUUCUGAAUGUGGGCUUGGGGUUCUCUUACGUGUUCACACCCACAUUUGUGCUGUGAAUCCCGCAGGUCUCAACUUUGAAGGGGACAAAAGGGGGCUGAAGUGUCAGCCCACAAGAGUGCACUGUAAAUAGAGUCUUUAAGAAAACAGAAAUUCAUAUUAGGGGUCAUAACGGGGUAUGAAUCUUUUUCUUCGUUCAUGGGUCAUUCCCUUUGACACGGGACAAAUCUCUUCUUCACUGGAGUCCGGUCCCUGUUCUGUGUGAUGUGGGGUUGACACACCGUUGUCUGGGAGGCCUGAAAGUCUCAUGUCUUAAGGUGUGUAGCUGGAAAAGCCACAAAACAAAUGCAGCUAUGAGACUACUCUGAAAAAGGGAGGACUUGGAGGGUAUCAUCAGCUUAGUUUUGUGGGCAUUAUAUUGGUUGCUUUUCUCUUAAACAAUAAGCACUUAAGUUUACUAUCAGCAAUUAAAUACCAAUCACUUUUUAUUCCUGACAGUUAUAAAAAAUCUGCAUUGAAUCUGCAACUUUGGCCUGGUAAGUUUAUCUUCUCCUUUGGGGAAACUAGCUGGGACCUUUGAAAGGGCUGAAAUCAUGCAUUUGGAAAGAAAAGAGAGAAACGGGGGGAGGAAGAGAGAAGGGAAUUAGUGAACUGCAGACAUCCUACGAAGCAAACGACCCAAAGAAAGUCAGCAAAUGAAGCUUGCAGAGCUUGGAGCAAGAGUCUCCUUCAUCAACAGGGCUGAAACGAAAAUGCAGUUAGUUCCUGCAGCAGUCUUGCUGGAAGUCUGAUGCUAAGGGCUUAAGAGCAGUUAAUUGUAUUUUCUUAUUCCACUCCAUCCAACCUCCUUUGAGGAUCAAAUUGGCUGUCGCUGGCUCGAGUGACACGAAAAGCCCCACGAACUCAAUUCACUUUAGCACUUCCCCAGUUCUGCCCCUUCUGUCAAGUUGCCAUAUUUGUGUAUGAAAGUAAGGACAUGCAAUUUCCUCACUUCAGGAUGUAUUACCCAGGUAUGGAACUUUGUUUCACAGAAGCAUUUUGUAUAUUGUUUACAUUUUGAGAGGUAGCAUUGCGUUUAAAAAAAAAUGCUCAUUUUUGGUUCUAGACAGUAUUUUUCUUACCAGAAUAAGAAGUGAAGCUGCAAAUAUUUGAUUUGUUUUUAAAAGGGACUUUUUUUUUUUUCCUUUCUUUUGUUCUUUUGUUGGUUUGGUUUUUGGGUUUGGUUUUGUUUUUUUUUAAUCUUGUUUUAGGUCACUUUUUUAACUCAAAGUAUUUAAAAGGAAAACCCAGCCCUUUCGAUUCUUGGUUUUACCAACUGCUUGUGCUAGUUUGUUGUCUGUUUCUGGUGUGAAUUUAGUUCUAGGUUGCUGAAUGUAGAUAUUUCUGUCUGUAGCAUGUACCCUGCGGAACACUUUACACUGAAGUGCAUUUGACUGAAACCCACCCCUGGCUGGAAGAGUCGCAGUAGGUAGCAGAUCCCUCAGAGCCUGCUCAGAGGGAAGGAUGCUUCCAGAAAUUAGGGUGCAAUUCUUUGGGCAACUGGAGGUUCAAAAAGAAAACACCCCCCAAAACUUGGUGUGUUGUCUCCAUGCCUGAAGGCAGGGGGAGCUUGUGUGAGAAGCUGCCAGGUCCACAGUCCUGCCUGUACUGAGAGGCUCGCUCUGAACAUGGAUCUGUCGAAUUAUUAGACCUAAAACAUGUUUUUAACCUAGAACUUGACAUCUUCCCUGUUUGAGAUAGUGGGAGAGGGAAGGCAGAGUGCGGAGUCACAGGCUGGGUGCUGUUCUGCUCCAGUAGUGCAAUAAAACCCACUCGAGGACGUGUUGGGGCACCCUGUGGUAGGGCCCCAUGUUCUGGAGGUACCAGGCAGCACCCACCCUGUGGGUCAGCUUCGGUGCCAGCACCAGGAAGAGGGCUGGGUUUGCUGUAUGGAAGGGGAAUGGCAGCAGGAGUUCUCUUCUCACAGCAAGGGCUCCUUCCUCUGGUCUGGUACAUGCCUCUGAUUGACCUGCUUUUAAUUAUAAAAGCCAUGCAAUUCAUCAUGGG